UAACAACAAUCUCCAUUAACAUUUGAUGCAAGUAUAUACAUAUUUAUUUAAUACCGAUAUAGUGUUUUGAAAGUGAUUCGAACCGAAUUAGAUGAAAAUCUCACGCCUAACAUUUUCUCAGCAUUUACCAUCAACAGUUAUCUCCUCAGCUGAUUUAUCUAUGUAUUUAUUUCGCGACGCCAAGAAAAUAGUUAUAAGCAAUCAAUAUCGCAAAAUGAUCGUGGAAAGAAGUUCUCUCUCUCUGUUACAGAUUUAUUUUAUAAAAAGUGUUCGUAUUUUAUUAAAUUUUUUAAAUGAAAAUUAAUAUCUAAAAAUUAUAUGAAAUAUUACAUAAGUAGAUGGCGGCCUCUGGCGGAAAACAAUCAAUUGUAACGAAGAAACAGCGCGUCGUCUUGUUGGAGUAAACACGAAGCGGAGGCGCCGCGCUCGCACACCUCGUGCGUGCUCGCGCUAGCACUCGCAUUCGCGUUCGUUCGUAACGUCGUGAACACAUUUCCCUCAUAACGAGCAGGAGGGGAAGCAAGGGAGUGGAAAAGAGUCGGUUUUCGCGUCAGAGGCUACGUGCUGUUCGUAUCGCGUCGCUCGAAAGGUGACGGAUGACGGCGGUGUUCCGCGUUACUGUUGUCGCCGCGUACCGUACGCACACCUUAGAGACGAUUAAUGUGCGUGGGGCGAGCGCGUGGUAUCCUCGUGGCGGCCGCAAAUGCGCGUGGUAGUCGCCGCGGCGACGGCGACGCCAUCGCCGCGUCCGCGGCAGGAAGAUGUCAAACGUCGGCUCGCCAUCCGAGCGACUCUUGAACGGUGAGAACAGCGUCGACGCUGCCGCCGCCGUCACCGUCACCGGCGCUGUCAGCGGCGGCAGAGGAGGUAGGAGAAGUGGAGGCGAGGAGAGCCGUGUGAGUAGCUGUAGUAGUGGAAGUGUGUUUGGUUCGAGGAGUCGUAGUGGUUAUAACGAUAUCAGUGUUGUUGGUAAUAGUGAUGCACCCGCGGUCAUCGAGACCGCUAUUAUCGACGGUGCCAUCGUGACGUUGCCCGACGCCCGCGGCACGACGCCAGUAAAUUCCAGUCGCGAGGCAACGGUAUCGCGCAUCCACGACGGUGGUUACCGCUGUUACACCUACGUUGUCGCCGACGCAUCAUUAUCCUCGGCGACAACGCGAGCGUCUAACGACGGUGAUGACGUCGUCACGACAACGGAACGCCGUGGACUCGCGCUGAGCAGCGUCGAGACGACGACACCGCUGCUGUUUCACGGUGCCGGUAGCACCGACGCGAGGAUAGUCAGUAUCAGCAACAGCACCAGCGCCACAAAUACCGCCGCCGUCGUUAUUGUUGACGCCGCGCCGCCGUUAUUUCACGACGACGUCGACGACGACGACGAGGACGAAGAGGAAGACGAAGACGAGGACGAGGACGAGAACGAGAACGAAAACGAGAACGAAAACGAGAACGAAGAUUAUCGCCACUAUCACAAUCGCAACAACAUGGUCGCGGCGAUGAACGAGCACCUGUCCAACGCGACAACGACAACGACGUCGUCGUCACCAGCGGCGGCGAACGCCGUUCGCAAUACCAUCGCAAUGUCAUCGUCGUCGUCCUCGGCGUCGUCGGCUAUGAUGACGGCAAGCAGCAACACGAUCGCCAGCGGCAACAAUAAUCAUCCGACAAUGAUCAUGAGCAACGUCGGGCUCGGGGCCAAUAACGGCAACAGUUGCAACAACGCGCGCGGCCAGGAGUUCCAGGAGGUUGACUGCGACGACGUCAAGCCCGUCAUCAACAGCAGCAGCGCCGCAGCUGCCGCUGCCGCCGCCGCCGGCAUCCUCAGCUUCCCCUGUGACUUCGAUCACAUGUACGCCAGUAUGACUGACGGCGGGGCACCGGCCGCGGCCGCGGCCCUCGGCGUCAGCCCCCUCCGCGGCAACGAGCCCCGUCAGAACGACCUCACCGAGGUCAAGCACCUGAAGGAGCUGUUGCUGCUGCAUCUCGAUCUCAUCCAGCAGCAAUCUGAGCAGAUAGUCACCAAGGACAAGCUCCUCGCCGCGCUGCGCCAGGAAAACGAGACGUUAAAACUGCGCCUGGAGCGUAUGGAGAGGCGUGUAAGUCUUCAGAAACUGAGAUCAGAAUUUGGUGAGAAUUCGACCAGUUCCGAACACUUGGGUACUUGUUCGCCUACCAGUGUCAAUUCUGUAAACGUACCGUCGACGAGCGAGUUGCACAGAAACGUACAAUGCGAAGGUGGUAAUAUUUUGCACGAGAGCUUUAAGAUACGUUUAAACACUAGCGGCGGUAUCACUACUGUCAAGCAAGAGCCACUCGAUAAUCAAAUUAAGCUUGAAGUGAAACAAGAACCUAACGAAUCUAGGUUUGAAUGGGAAGAGAAGAAGAAGAGACGGUCAGAUCCAACUCCAGUGUCUACGGGUAGUAAAAAGAAGAGAGGACUCUCCUGUUCAUCGAAUGUUAGUACUGAUGGCGUACAGGAUAAGGUAUUAGGUCAGACUUUACACGAAAUCAAUAGGAAGAGCGAUAGGAAAGCAAAAUCUCUCGUGAAGAAAGAGUCUUUUCUCACGACGGAAGAGCACUAUUAUACAGCAGUAGGGGAUCCAAAUUAUACAUUAAGUUUGAAACAAUCCAGUCCAGUAGAAACAAGUAGUUCUCUUGAAAUUCCAAAUUGGAGAGUAAAGGUAUACACAAGUUGUUAUACAAUGGAGGGAACUGAGAACUUAGACGAUGAGAUUUUUAAUAAGAGACAUUUGAAAUUGGAGAAUGACGAGAGGAGAAGAAAGCGAUGGGAUGUGCAGAGGAUAAGGGAACAAAGGCACAUAGAGAAAUUAAAACAAAGACAAGAACGCCAAAAUCAUCAAGCUACAUGCUACAAUACUAAUCACACUGGUCCUUGUCCCUCGUCUAUGGAAGAGGAAACUGUUACGUCCUUGUGGCCUGAUGUAGAACAAAUUCAAAGUCUUCAAGUAGAUCCACACUUGCCAGUAACUGCAUUUGGCUCUCCUAUUCCUAGUUUUACUCCAAAUGAAUUUUCUUUACCUUGGUCGAAUUUAGCACGAAUAAAGUGUCGUCGUCCAAAACGUUCAACAAGUAGAAGAAAAUCAACAGGUAGGAGAAAAAUCUAGGAAAUAUAAAUUUUUAUAAAAAUGGACAGAACUGACUUUAUCUCUACUACUGGUUUUAAAUUCUUAAAAAAUAUUAUUAUUCUCUCUCUCACGCCAUAUUUGAAACAGCGUUUCUCAUUGCUACGCAGAUAAUGUAGGAACCUUCUUUCCCUUCCCCUCCCAAAGAUAUUUUUAUUGACUUUUUAAACAUCUGCAAUAUACAUAGUUUAUUUUUUCUACAUUUUUGUCGGUUAAGUAAAUUAAUUGUCAAUACUUCUUUGAUACAUCUAUUCUACAUUUUGGUGUACACACACUCGUGGUGUUGGUCAUUUUAUUUAUAUAACUAUAUCACACAACAUGACGAAACGAUGUAUCAGUUUGUACUGACAUGUCGGAAAAUUUUCAACUCUAAACUACAUUUCCGUUCCAUUUCCGUGGGUUGACAAUAUUGAUAUUAGCAAAAGUUUUUGACAUAUGUAAAACAAUUUAUAUUAAUUUUGUAAUUAAGUUUUUUUUUUUUUUGCUAUUAUAAUAUAAUUGUAAAAAUCUUAACAAAGCUACCAUGUACACAUUAAUGACAUACACUUUGUAAAAAUAUGUUGUAAGGCAAUGUUACGUGACGGAAGAAUAUAAUCAGUUUUUAAAUCUUGGAUAACCCCUUUUUUUACAUUUUACAAAUUCUAUAUAAUUUUGCUUAAUAUCGAAAAAUUGAAUACUCAAAAAAUGAGAUAUCCUUGCAAACAGAUUUUGUUCAACUUUCAAACUUUAUAAUACAAAUAUAUUGGACAGAGCUUCCUCAUAAUCAGUGACAGAUUUUCCGACAUUUAAUGUCUCCUUCAGAAAAGUUUGAAGGCCUCAUUAUAGAAAUAAUAUUUAACUUUCAUGGACUUUUUGCUGAAGAAAGAUUAAUGUUGAGAAAAUCUGUAACUAAAAGAAACUGGAUGCCUUUUGAUAUAAUUUAUAUAUUAUGAAUCUAUUCGGUGUUUAGUUGUUAUAAGCAUCCUUAGUAUAGCGUAUACUAUUUUUACUCCCACACAUAUGUUGUACUGUUGAAAUGAUUGUGAUUCGAGAAGCAGGCAGGGAGAAACUUUGGAUAUUUAUAAAAAAGUUGUAAACAAUUAUAAUCAUUAAUACCACAACUAAUAAUCAGUUUCAGUGACUCGAGGCUCUUUAAUGCGUUUUGUAUAAUCAAUUAAGCUUGAAAUUUAUGCUACCUUUAUGCGAAUUAUAUUUGAUAAAUAAGAUAUAUAUGUCCACAGAGAAAGAAUUAUAAUUUCCCAUUCAUGGUAAAUUCAAAUAUAUUAGUAUUUUAUAAUUAUGUAAAAGAUACAAUUUUAUAGCUCUGUCUUAAUUACUUCGAUAUUGCAGAGAACUACCGAAUAUUCUGACAAUAGCUCCCUAGAGAGAUUUUAACAGUUCGAUUUGUGAUAAUUCCGAUUUCAUUUGUGUUAGAGAGACUGUGGUAUUACGUAUAUAAGGGAUCGCAAAUAAGAUAAUUUGAGCAGAUAAUAACAUUAUUUUCGCAUAUAUAUAUUUCCAUUCGCUGUAUAAUUUUAAGAUGUUUGACUCGCAUUACUAAAUGAAUGAAAAAAGAAAAUUGUAUAUAGCUUCAGUGAUAGUUUUUUUUUACGUUCUAUUUUUUAAGGGGUAUAUAUAUUUUGUAAAAUAUAUAUACCUUCAUAUAUAUAAAUAUAUAGUAUAAGAUAGUGUAACCGUCCGUGAAGACUAUUAAAAUUUCAUGAAUACAAGACGGCAUUGUAUGCUGUCGAUAUUACGAAUGUAAUUAUCGGUACUUUGUAAAAUGACAAUUUUUUCUUGCUGUGACAUUAUUGAUUGAGUUCUUAGUACAUAUUCUAUAAAUAUGUGCGACAAUUCUGUAUAAAAGGAUAUAUAAAUUAUUAUUUUCUAAUAUAUAUCUCAAAAAAGAAGGAAUUUCAUUGUGUCGGCAGAUGAAUGUGUCAAAAGUUAUAUGGAAAUUUCCAAGAGGGAGAAAAAUAAAUUUUCUCCAAUGUCAUCUGCCUUAAACGUCCUGCUAUGUAAUAUAAUAUAUCGAAUAUAAUACAUUUUAGAAAUAAAAAAAAAAGACAUUGAA